AUGGAGAAAUUCUUUGCCGCUGUUAUGGGUUCUCCCGAUCCUUACGGUAGACAGCUCAAUGGAAUGGGCGGUGGAGUCUCCUCUCUCAGCAAGGCCAUGGUGGUUGGACCACCCACCCAGCCUGGUGCAGAUAUCGAAUAUACAUUCUUCCAAAUAGGAAUCAAGAAUGGAAAACUAGACAUGGCCGGGAAUUGUGGGAAUCUCAGUGCCGCUGUUGGCCCCUUUGCCUUGGAUGCUGGCAUUUAUGCAGCCCGGGAUCCAAUUUCAGAUACGAGUGGGCAGCCGCUCAAAGAUCGACAAAUGACGAUGCGAAUGAGAAACACAAACACCCAAAAGAUCAUAGAGUCUACCUUCAGGACCUUCUUCACCAAUGGCCACUGGCAAUUCCAGCAACUUGGAGAUGCCACGAUCGACGGAGUUGCGAGCACGGCAUCCAAGAUCACCCUCUCAUUUCUUGACCCGGAAGGCUCUAAGACUGCAAGUGCUUUCCCAACGGGAAACCUGACCGAUAUCAUUGAUGUGGGCAGCUUCUCUGUUGAAGCAUCAUUGGUUGAUGUGAGCAAUCCUGGUAUCUUUAUCAGAGGAAACGAUAUUGCAUGGAAGCCAAAUGCCACUCCGGAAGACAUGAACGCAAAUCAGCCUCUGUUGGACACACUCGAAAAGAUUCGUCGGAGAGGCACAGAAAUCAUGGGACUAGAUCCUAACAUCAGCAGCAUCCCCAAGAUUGUCCUGCUUUACCCACCUACAACUGAUAGAAUGGAUAUUACUUGUCAAGCGCUUUCGAUGGGGCAAGCGCAUAAAGCAGUCCCGGCCACCCUUGCUUUGAAUCUGGGCGUUGCAUGCAAGCUAAUGGGGACCAUUCCAUUUCAACUAUCACAACACCUCCAUCUGACGAAUACCAUUAUUGGGCAUCCCUCUGGCACCCUAGAAGUAGGCGCAACGAUCGAAAACGGCAAAAUCAAGAGUGCCAAUCUUAUCAGAACCUCUAGAUGUCUCAUGGAUGGGUAUGUCAACACCCUGAAUGGCGAUGAGAAGCACACAAAUCAGUGA